GAAAUGAUUUAAAACUUCUCUGGAUAAGUUUUUUAAUUGCAUGCUGACUUGCGGAGAUUUUCCAGCGUUUUCUGUUCCCAUUCUUGACCCCAAAGCAUUAAGUGAAAUGCUUCUGCAUAAUUCAUAAACGACGCAAUUCACAGGUGUAGGCAGGUAACUUAUAUAUUUUUUUAAAAAAACAGCCUUGGUUUGGUUUGUUUUCACUGAACUCAAGAUUUGCGAAGCAACAAAAGCAAUUGUGUGAGACUGCCAACAUGCGUAUAAAGCGCUGUCCAGUAGAAUUCGUCCUGCCAGCGGAACACGGGGUAGCUGAUUCUGUUUGGGGCAAUCGUUGGAUUUACAGCCUCAGAUUCAAAGAGAAAGCCGUAUUAAAUCUAGGUAAAGGUCUCCCACUGAAGAAUAACCCGUUACGGGGAUAGAGAAAGAACAUGUAUUUAGAUUGAAAGUGAAACCAUGUUCAGAUACACAUUCAUUCGACCUCCGACAGAUUUAACAAGUGUCACUUUCUAACUAAGCGUUCGCCUUGAGUGAAGAAACCAUUUCAUGAUCAUUUGCACCUCUUCGCACUAUGAAUGUGCUUGAUGCAUUUAUCAACUAAUCGGCAGAACAACCUGAACAACAUAAUUAAUAACCUCCCUCUCCUGUGGUUGACGCGUGCUAAGGUCAAAAAUUAUAACUGGGCAUCACUUUUUUAAAAAAUUAAAGGCAGGAAUUUAGGACAAAUGCAACAUGAUAUAACUCUUCUUAAUGUUCACGGAGCCAUUUAAUACCAAUUUUAAUUUGUAUUUUUCAAGUUAACUUUAGGUCAGAGUGAAACUGUUAAAUUCUUCCAUGAACCAGGUAAUGGCUGUACUGCGGCUGUCUUUUGGCCGCAUCCAGACAUCACAUUAGUCCAUGAUUGCUAUUGACCAAAAACAGGCGGGGGAAGAGUGUUACCGUAAGUAAUUAAAUUGUAAAAGAAUAAAAAUAGCAGAAGCUCCAAUCUUAUUGUUAUAAAAGAAAGUUGAUUGGAUAUAAGUUUCUCGACCAUUUUUCGUGAAUUAAGUUAGUCGCCCGAUCGCUUUUUGGGUCCUUUACAAAUGUAAAAACGGGUUGACAAAGCUAUAGCGCUUUGUCCUUUGGAGUUAUAUUUAUUUUUGAUGGACAAAUUACAUUAAAACAUAAAAUUGUUCUGGUUGAAAAGGUUGUAGGGAUGAAGUCCUUAAAUAGAGACCAGCCAAUUAAUGGUGCGGGGAAUUCCAGAAGCAAUAAUCAGGAACAUAAUUUGCACUCACGUGUAAUAGCAUAAAUGGAGAAGGUCUGUGUGGAUUUCUCAGCAGCAAGUUAGGUCUGAAUGAUUUAAAGGAAUUUUUUGGACUAUGAGUAUGUGGCUUAAAAAUCUCCUGGCCUUAUCGGUGACGGCGUAAUAGUACAGUGCAAAAAGAAAGUCGUGAUGCAAAAGAAAAAAUUGUAAAUGUGAGAAAUCUAAUACAAAAACAGAAAACACUGGAAAUACUCGGCAGGUCAGUCAGCAUCUGUGGGCUGAGAAAAAGUUAAUGUCGAUCACAUAAAAAGAUCUUUUUAAACCAUUGCUAUUGGCCCACAUGAAGUAUUUUUUUCAGUUUUAGAUGCCGCACUUCAGGAUUGGUGUACAACCGGUGCUGAAGAGAUUUGCCAAAAUAAUGCAAGACGUAAGGGGCUUUGGCUGUUUGGGCUGAUUCACCUUGGACAAACAAUGAAUCAGAACCAGGUUUAAUACUCUACAUGGAGAUCUGAUAGACAUAUUGAAAAUCAUGAAGGAUAUACAUAGAGUGGAUGAAAAUAAAUUGCUCCCACAGCAGAAAGAUCAAGAACUGGAAGCCUUGGAAUUAAGAUGCUUGACACAAGAGCCAGAUGUAAAAGGAGGAACACACACAAAAUGCUGGAUGAACUCAGUAGGUCAGGCAGCGUCUACGGGGGAAAUGAUCAGUCAGCCUUUCAGGCUGAGGUUGGCUUCUUGAAUUCCAGCAACUGCAGUCUCUCUUCUGAAAUGAUUUUUUUUACAUAAGUGGUUAAGAUCUGCCAUGUGUGAUAGUGGUGGCAAAUCCAAUUACAGUAAAGUUUUCAAAGGGGAGCUGAUUAUGUCUAUGAAAGCAAACACUUUGCAAAGGUAUGGGAGAGGUUAGGCAGUGAUGAUCGUUGGAUAAGACUAUUAUGCAACAGGCCAUUUGACCUCCUUCUGUGCUGUAAGAAUUGUACGAUUUUGUUAUCCCCACCCCAACAUCUGCCAAACAAAAUAUCGAAGGCUUGUGAUAUUAUAAUCGUGCGUGAUGUCCUUCUGAAUUAAACUUCGAACUGAUUCUGGCUGGCGAGAUGAGAUGGCUUUAUCUGGCAAGAGGCUGUAUCACAGAGCAGAAAGGUGGGGUUUUACAAGAUUACCGCCAGUUCUUAUUUGUAUGCAAAUCGGUGGCCAGGCGGUGCAGUGACGUCGCGGUGCCUUUGGUUAGACCCUUAGUAGCAGGGUCCUGUAAACAAUGGUUAAUCAUGUGCGAUAGGGCCAGUUCAGCAUGAGUCUCACCAGACCGAUGCCAGUCGGAGUAGACAGCCGUAUCUGGCUGCAGCAUGCGCGCAACCCCUAACCCUAGCCAUGUAUGUGGGCUAUAUAUUGGAUAAAGAAGUCAGCAUGUACCCAGGGCCCCUUAGACGAUCAAGCAUUAACUUAUCCACACAGAACUUCGUUUCUCCGUCACAAUAUUCGGAGUACGCGGGAUAUCAUGUGCCUAAUAUGGAACAUCAUCCCCAGUCGUCGGUGUCUUGGACCUCUCCCUAUGGUCCACCAAGAGAGGACUGGAGUUCUUAUGGGCCCGGCCCAUCGAACACAGCACCAGUCCAGAUAAGUAACUCUUCUCCAGGGCAGGUUUCUUACAGUUCGCCUGACUACAAUGCCAUGAAUCCCUCGACUGCAGGAAUCCUACCUCCUUUAGACACUAUCUCAGUGGGGCAAACGUCUCCCAACAGUCAAAGGCGCAACCCCUAUGAAUGGAUGAAGAAAACAACACAGGUCUCUGCCGCAGGUAAAACACGGACAAAAGACAAAUACAGGGUAGUUUAUACAGACCAUCAAAGGCUUGAACUGGAGAAGGAGUUUCACUACAACAGGUACAUCACUAUCAAGAGAAAAGCUGAGCUGGCAACUAUCCUCGGACUCUCAGAAAGACAGGUAAAAAUCUGGUUCCAGAAUCGAAGGGCUAAGGAACGAAAGAUGACAAAGAAACAAUUGGCUCAGUCUGAUGGCUGUCUGACUCACCAUGGUCCAGGUCCAGGAAGUCCUGUGGAGAUGGCAGGCCAGAUGUUGCUUGGGGGCCAUAUCUCUGGGGGUCCAUCUGUUGGGAAUAUGGCUCAAGUAACGGUCACACUCUAAUUAGUGCACAGCAACAAGGACUUCAAACCUUCUGAGGAUGCCCCAGCCAUAUGCCUAAGAUUAUGUACAGAGAGCACUCCAUUUAAGAGAAAAGGCGCUUGACAUUUUCAGAAGAUGUGAAUUUUUACGGAUAUCAGGGAGCCAUUCAUAAUUUAUGAUAUUAUGAGAUCGUACGCAGAUGUUUUGUAUGCAAAUCAACCUUUGGCUUGAACCUUAAAAUUAAUUACAAGAUGGUUAUAACCAUCUUCAUGACAUUCCUCAUCAUACUGCAUGUUAAUUCCCCUUUCUUAAAUGUCAACAUGCACAUGUAAAAUUAAAACCAAUUCACAUUUUGAAAACACUUUCCAUAAACUUUCCACCUACUUGAAUGAGGUAAGAAGUUCCCACCAAAUAUGAACAAACAGCAGAAUGCAUCAUUUUGCCUGUAAUAUUAUUAAAUGGAGGGUUAUACUCUGUGAACUAUGUCACUAUACUUAUAUAUAUAUAUUUACAGCUACUUUACCAAAAUACAUGCUGUGUGUUCAGCAAGACAGACACAAUUUCCAAAUACCUCAUUAUACCUCAUUUUUAAUGUAAAAUGUAAAAAACUACAAAGAAGUCACAUCACAAGAUGCAAUUCUUUAUCUGACGGUAAUAAAAGGGUCUUUGGGUAUAUUUCUGUCUGUCUUUGCAUUUGAAUAUUAGUAUGGAAAAUUACAUUCAUUCACUAGCUUUUCAGCAAUCGGACAGUGGGGAAUUUGUUAAACUCAAUCAAAAUAAAAUAUAAUUUUCAAUAAUGCAGAUAUCAAACUUGUUGAGCUAUUGGCUUGGAAUGAUAUAGGUUGUCAUAACUGUACUUUGGGCCUCCAAAACUGUCAAAUGUAACAUAAAGAUAAGGGAUAAUAUAUUCGGAGAAAUUAUGGUUUCCAUUCAUUUCAUGGUAAGCAUAUCAGAAAAAAAGUAUUUUAUGUAGUUUUACAUUCAGACUGGUAACUUCAACCUGUUUAAAGAAAGUAGAAGACAUUACCUUUAUUGUCCAAGAAAUUUGCAGUAACUUCAGUAAAUUUUUUUAAAUGUUACAAAGAGCCAAUGACCUGAGAAGCAUUUUUAUAUGUAUGUUCUUCAAACACAAUAAUAAUUGACUUUACAUUGUCAUUAAAGCUGCAAUGUAAAUGCUAACUGAUUUGUCAGGUUCAUUUUUUAAACUAUUUGUUUUACAUACAGUCGAAGCACAUAGUCUGAAAUUGCUGUCAACAAAUGAUGUUUUUAAA